UUUGAGAGGAACAGUGAGAGGGUCAAGGAGCUACGACGACAAUAUGUCCAGAGAGUUAUGGAAUUGGAGGCCAACCAGGCCCCUCAUGAAUUCAUAUACAUCGAUGAGGCAGGAUUCAAUCUGGCCAAAAGGCGUCGACGUGGACGAAAUGUAAUUGGAAAAAGGGCCACAGUUGAUGUGCCAGGACAGAGAGGGGCAAACAUUACCAUGUGUGCAGCAAUUGCAAAUGCAGGAUUACUCCUUCACAGAUGUCAGGUUGGACCCUAUAAUACAGAGCGCUUGCUUGCCUUUCUCAAUGAUCUCCACCAGCGCCUGGUUCCAGAGCAGGGUCAGGAGGGUGAAAACAUGAGGACCUUUGUAAUUACCUGGGACAAUGUGGCUUUCCAUCACUCGCAAGCAAUAACAACAUGGUUUGAAGUCCACCCAAGACUGGUAAGUCUCUUCCUUCCACCCUAUUCACCUUUCCUCAACCCCAUAGAGGAGUUCUUUUCUGCAUGGAGGUGGAAGGUUUAUGACCAUCAGCCACAUGACCAGAUGUCCCUCCUUGAAGCCAUGGAUGCUGGCUCCAGGGACAUCACAGUUGACGAUUGCCAAGGGUGGAUCCGACAUACCAGGCGGUUUUAUCCCAGGUGCAUCGACUUGGAUAACAUCAGAUGUGAUGUUGAUGAAAACAUGUGGCCUAACCCUGAAGAUCGCAGAGAUUAGAUGCAAAUUUUUUGCCUUUUUUUA